AUGAAGGCCAUGGGUAUAAAUUCCAUGUCGUUCUAUUCACACUGGGGCUAUCAUGAGCCCCUUGACGGAGAGUUGGACUUCUCCAAUGGUGCUCACGAUCUCGGGCUUCUUUUGGAAUACUCCAAGAAGCAUGGCAUUUUCGUCACGCCUCGGCCUGGUCCAUACAUCAACGGCGAGCUCAACGCCGGAGGUUUCCCACUGUGGAUUACGACCGGUGCUUACAGUAAGCUUCGAUCGAAUGGUACGAGCUACACCGAUGCGUGGAACGGCUACAUGUCAUCAGUAGCCGAGUUGGCCGCCCCGUACCAGAUUCACAAGAACGGAACUGUCAUCAACUUUCAGAUCGAGAAUGAGUACCCCCAGCAGUGGACAAACCAGAACGAGAAAAUACCGAACUAUAAUGCCGUCGACUAUAUGGAAGACCUCAAGGCGGUCGCGGUCAACAACGGCAUCGAGAUUCCUCUGACUCACAAUGACAUAUCUGGAUACAUUUCAUGGGCUUCGGACUACGACACUGUUGGUGCGGGUGGAAACGUCGACGUGCAUGGGUACGAUUCCUAUCCUCUUUGCUGGAGCUGUAACCCAGACCAAUGCAGCUCCGGUAGCUCCGGAGACUGGGUUCUUCUAGACUAUCAGCCCGACUUCCAAAGGUCUUCACCAAGCAAUCCAAUGUUCAGCCCAGAAUUCCAGGGCGGGAAAGUGGUUCCGAUUGCUGGAUAUCCGGAUGGCUGCGCAGACACCGUCGGUGCCGAUUUUCGCAACCUCUACUACCGCCACAACGUUGACCAGCGGAUGACGGCCUUCAUCCUGUACAUGACCUACGGAGGCACGAGUUGGGGAUGGCUUGGCGUUCCGGACAGCUUCUACGAGAUCAAAAACCUGGCGCUGUUCACAAGAGUUGCUCAGGGUCUAGCCAAGACAGACCGCAUCGGUAGCGGCAGCAACUACACAACGAACCCAUCCGUCUCUACAACUGAGCUUCGCAACACGGACACAAAAGCGAGAUUCUACGUUGUUCGACACACGGACUCGAAAAACGAUGAAGGUGUCACCUUCCAGCUUCACGUCAACACUUCGGCUGGCCCUCUCACUGUACCACAGAUCGCGCCGGCUGCGUCCCUGAAGGGCCAUGUUGCCAAGAUUCUGGUGACAGAUUUUCCAAUCGGUCAGGACAAGUUACUUUACUCCACAGCUGAAGUAUUCACGUACGCCGUGAUGGACGGAAAGCCGACGCUGGUGCUCUGGGCCCACCCCGAUGAGUCAGGGGAGGUUUGCUUUACUGGUUCUCACCAGGGGAAGUUGCAGACUUGUGACGGUUGCAGUGAUGUCCAGUUCAACGUUACUGAGCACGGCACCAUACUGAAGUUCACUCAGGGCCCUGGACUUAGUGUCGCCUUCGUUGGAGACACAAGGGUUAUCAUAGUUGAUCGAUCUGGUGCCUAUGCGAUGUUCGCACCGACUCUGACUAACGAUCCUUUGACUACGGUCAAUGAGACUGUCUUGGUACACGGCCCCUCUCUCGUCCGCGGAGCACAAAUCGUCUCAGAUGUCAUUGCGAUCACCGGAGACACGGUUGAAGAUGCUCAGCUUGAGGUGUUCGCCCCUUCCAACGUCAAGAAAGCUACUUGGAAUGGCAAACCAGUCGACACGAAACCAACACCACACGGCAGUCUCAUUGGGAGAAUUUCAGGUCCACUGAAGAUAGAGCUACCGAGCCUGGGCCCCUGGAAAGUUCAAGAUUCUCUGCCCGAAGUCCUUGUCGACUAUUCCGAUGACGGGAACUCAAAGAACGACGCUACCAUUCCGUACCUUUACGCUGAUGACUAUGGAUUCCAUACUGGCUCCUUCAUCUAUCGCGGCAGAUUUACUGGCGUUGCGGACGGAGUAUCGCUUACCCUCUACGGCGGCCAAGCCUUUGGAUUCUUGGUGUACUUGAACGGGCAGUUCUUGGAAGCAUUCCCAGGCAGUCCGGGAACAAAGUUGGCCUCUGGCACGCUGCUUCUAGACUUCCCAGCAGACACGUUGUCGCAAAACACAACCAAUGUGCUUACUGUAAUACAAGACAACUCCGGCCAUGACCAAGGAGCCGGAGGGGCCUUGUCAAUCCGAGGGAUUCUCAACGCAACGCUGAUUGGCUCCGAGGGCUUCGACUCUUGGAAGCUAACUGGAAGUGCCGGUCGUUCAGAAGGCAAGAUUCUUGAUCCCGUCCGCGGAGCUUACAACGAGGGCGGGUGGACUGCGGAACGGCUUGGCUGGCAUCUUCCAGGCUUCGAUGACUCGAAUUGGCCGACGGCGUCGCCAUCGGAAGGUUUCGACAACGCCACAGUCCGUUUCUACCGUACGACUGUACCUUUGAACAUACCUGCCGCUGUUGAUCUUUCGGUUCAGUUCGAGUUGAAAACUCCUGGGGGCAACAGCACGACACGAGCCCUGUUGUUUGUCAAUGGAUACCAAUAUGGCCGCUUCUCACCGUACGUCAACUCGGCCACCAGAUUCCCGGCCCACCCCGGCAUCCUAAACUUCAACGGAGAUAAUGUGAUUGGGUCCUUGGUCUGGGCGCAAUCUUCGAACGGAACAAGCGUUGGGGUCAAUUGGAAAAUCACAGAGACGCGGGCUAGCUCCUUGGACACUCAUUUCGACGCCAAGGACUUGCAGCCAGCGUGGGGGGAGGAGAGGCUGCUUUAUGCUUAG